AUGCGCUACAUUCACACCGAAGAGAGCCUCGAGGUUCCCGAGAAGGUCUCGGUGAGCAUAAAGGCCCGCCAUGUCACCGUCGAGGGACCCAGAGGCAAGCUGUCCAAGGACCUGAGCCACAUGGCCGUCAGCUUCUCGCAUCCCAAGAAGAACAUUAUUGGCAUUGAGAUUCACAACGGAUCGCGAAAGAACGUUGCCGCCCUCCGAACCGUCCGCUCUCUCAUCCAGAACUUGAUCAUUGGUGUCACCAAGGGAUACAAGUACAAGAUGCGAUACGUCUACGCCCAUUUCCCCAUCAACAUCAACGUGGAGAAGAACGCCGAGACCGGCAAUGUCGAGGUUGAGAUCCGCAACUUUAUCGGCGAGAAGCUCGUCCGCAGAGUCGCCAUGCGCCCCGGCGUCGAGGUUGAGGUCUCCGCGGCCCAGAAGGACGAGCUGGUUCUGUUCGGCAACUCGUUGGAGGAUGUUUCUCAGAGCGCCGCUGACAUCCAGCAAACCUGCAAGGUCCGCAACAAGGAUAUCCGAAAGUUCUUGGACGGUAUGUACGUGUCGGAGAAGGGCAACGUCGUUGAGGAGGCGGCAUAA